CUCCUGUUAGCCCCGUCAAAAGCCUAGAUCUCCAAAGCCUGACAUUGUGAAGAUGGAGGCUGUUGGGGUUUAGACCGGGAAGAGGGAGCUCACACCGGGACAUUCGGAGUCGUGUUAUGGAAACGUUCUCUGCAGGUUCAGGUGGAGGCAGGAGCUGCAUGUAGAGAGCAUCAGAAAUCAGCAGGAUGUACUCGGAGUGGCGCUCGCUGCAGCUGGUGGUGCAGAGUGAUCAGGGCCACAUAAGCGUGCUGCACACCUACCCAAACAAUGUCGGCACCGAAGUGGCAAACGCCGUGGUGAAGCCUCUGGGCACAGCGGUCAGUCCUGUGGCCACGGAGAACAUCCUCAAGACGGACAAAGAGGUGAAAUGGACCAUGGAGGUUCUGUGCUAUGGCCUGACCCUCCCAUUAGAAGGAGACACUGUCAAGCUUUGCGUGGAUGUGUACACUGACUGGAUGAUGGCUCUGGUGUCACCCAGAGACUCCAUGCCACAGCCUGUGGUGAAGGAGCCCAACAUGUAUGUGCAGACCAUUCUGAAACAUCUGUACAAUGUCUUCGUUCCAAGGCCUGAACAACACAGUCUGAACCACAUCAGACUUUGCCAGCAGGUUCUGACUGCGGUCCAGAAGCUGGCCCGAGAGUCCGUUUCUAUGGUGAGAGAAACCUGGGAGGUGUUGUUGCUUUUUCUGCUUCGUAUCAAUGACACACUGCUGGCACCGCCCACGGUUGGAGUGGGCGUGGCAGAGAAACUUGCAGAAAAGUUGAUGGCUGUGUUGUUUGAAGUGUGGUUACUCGCUUGUGCUCGCUGCUUUCCCACGCCGCCGUACUGGAAGACGGCGAAGGAAAUGCUGGCGAACUGGAGACACCACCCUCCUGUUGUUGAGCAGUGGAGCAGGGUGGCCUGUGCUCUGACGUCCAGACUUCUGCGGUUCACCCACGGACCAUCCUUCCCACCUUUCAAGGUCCCAGAUGAAGACGCCAACUUGAUUCCCGUAGAAAUGGACAACGACUGUGUGGCUCAGACGUGGUAUCGAUUUUUGCACAUGAUCAGCAACCCCGUGGACCUGAGCAACCCCGCCAUCGUCAGCACCACUCCAAAGUUUCAGGAGCAGUUUCUCAGCCCGAGUGGAAUCCCCCACGAAGUGGUUUUGCACCCCUGUUUAAAGCAGCUCCCCCAGAUCUUCUUUAGGGCAAUGCGGGGGGUCAGCUGCCUUGUCGAUGCCUUCUUGGGUGUCUCUGUUGAAAAGAGAGACGUUCGCGACAGAGUGUUCACUUUUUUUCCACUGCAGCUCUCUCAUGGUAUAUCGCGGCCCCGGGCUGACAGCGCCCCGCCCACUCCAGUUAACAGACUGAGUGUGUCCCCGCCCCCUUCCAUUGCCAACACUACACCCCCACACAGCCGCAAACAGCGACACAUGGCGGUCACCAAAACUGCAAGCAAGAGUUCAUCUAGCAGUGUGAGUCAAACGACCAAAGCGACCCAGCAGCAGCAGCAGCAUCAAUCUUCCUCCCCGACCCUGCUUUCCAGCCCCAACCAGAGCAGCUGGGAGUCCCGGCCGCUGCCCGCCCCGGCGCGGCCCAAAGUCAACAGCAUCCUGAACCUGUUUGGUCAGUGGCUUUUUGACGCUGCCUUGGUGCACUGUAAGCUGCACAGCGGCCUGAGCAGAGACGGCAGCAUGACUGCCUCUUUUAUCCAAAUUCUCCUUUCUUAUAAAUCUUCCAUAAGCACUCAGCUGGGGUUGGACCUGAGGAGGAAGGGCUCUCAGAUGUCGACCGACUCCAUGGUGCCAAACCCUUUGUUUGACAUCAACGAGUUCCCGGAGAGCUACGAGGCAGGACGAGCGGAGGCCUGCGGGACGCUCUGCCGCAUCUUCUGUAGCAAGAAAACCGGAGAAGACAUUCUGUCCGUCUACCUGUCCAGGUUCUACAUGGUCCUGAUUCAGGGUCUCCAGAUAUCGGAUUUUAUCUGCAGACCAGUUCUGGCUUCCAUCAUUCUCAACUCUUCGUCUUUGUUCUGCACUGAUUUGAAGGGCAUCAAUGUGGUAGUGCCCUAUUUCAUAGCUGCUCUUGAAACUAUCGUGCCAGACAGGGAACUGUCCAAAUUCAAAAUGUAUGUAAAUCCUACUGACUUGAGGAGAGCCUCCAUCAACAUCCUCCUGGCCAUGCUGCCUCUCCCACAUCACUUUGGGAACAUCAAGUCUGAGGUUCUGCUGGAGGGAAAGUUUAACGAGGAGGACGGCUGUCCACACGACCAGCCGGUGUCCUUCCUGUCGCUGAGGCUCCGCCUGGUCAACGUCCUCAUAGGAGCACUGCAGACGGAGACGGACCCCACCAACACACAGCUCAUUCUGGGUGCAAUGCUAAAUAUCGUUCAAGACUCGGCUCUGUUGGAGUCCAUCGGUGCUCAGACAGAGACGGGCAGCAUCGACGGAAGUCAGGUGACGCUGCGCAACCAGAGCCACAGUCGCAACAGUAGCAUCAGCUUCAACAGCGGGGGCAGCACAGAGGCCACCAGUCCAGACUGUGAACGCCCCUCACAGGCCCUGCUCAGAGAUUAUGCUUUUCCAGAUACUGCGGCGGGCCUGUUGGUGCGCAGCAUCCACCUGGUCACUCAGAGACUCAACUCUCAGUGGAGGCAGGACAUGAGCAUCUCACUGGCUGCCCUGGAGCUGCUGGCCGGCCUGGCAAAGGUGAAGGUGGGAGUGGAUUCAGCAGAGUGGAGGCGUGCCGUCAGCUCCAUAUGUGGUUACAUCGUCUACCAGUGCAGCCGUCCAGCUCCUCUUCAGUCCAGAGACCUGCACUCCAUGAUCGUGGCUGCGUUCCAGUUUCUCUGUGUGUGGAUCACAGAGCACCCUGACAUGCUGGAUGAGAAGGAGUGUUUGGUAGAAGUUUUGGAGAUCGUUGAACUCGGGAUCUCUGGGAGCAAAUCCCGUCAGGAUCAUGACGUUCGCCAUAAAGGGGAGAAGGAACACAAUCCAGCUUCUAUGAGAGUGAAGGAUGCAGCAGAAGCCACGCUGUCCUGUAUCAUGCAGGUGUUGGGGGCCUUCCCGUCCCCCAGCGGGCCUGCCUCCACCUGCAGCCUGCUGAAUGAAGACACCCUGAUUCGCUACGCCAGGCUAAGUUCCACUGGAGCCAGCAACUUCCGCUACUUUGUCCUGGACAACUCCGUCAUCCUGGCAAUGCUGGAGCAGCCGCUUGGCAAUGAGCAGAAUCCCAGCCCAUCGGUGACCGUUUUGAUCCGAGGGACCGCUGGAAGACAUGCCUGGACCAUGCAACUCUUCCACCAGCCCAGAGGAGCCCGGGCCAAUCAGAGGCAGGCGUUUGUCCCUGAGGGCCGUCCAGAACCCAACAACAACGUGGGCAUCAGGUACAACGUCAAGCAGAGGCCUUUUCCUGAGGAGGUGGAUAAGAUCCCUCUAGUGAAGGCAGAUGUCAGCAUCCCUGACCUGGACGAUAUCGUCAGUAAGGAGGUGUGUUGCAUGGAUUGGCUGAGUGAUUCACGAGCCUCGAGCUCGCUGAUGUAUAACCACUCCCACCUGGGCAUUCAGCACGACAAGCUCAGAGCUCUGAUCUCCAAGCAGAUAGAGUAUGAGACUAACUUGGAGCGACACAGCGAGGAAAUCUUGAAGUCGAAGCCGUUCCCCGACCCACAGACCAACUGCAAGCCGCCGUCUCCGGCUCAGGAGUUCCAGACGGCUCGCCUCUUCCUCUCACACUUUGGCUUCCUGUCUCUUGAGGCCCUGAAGGAGCCUAACAACAGUCGUCUGCCUCCUCAUCUGAUUGGUCUGGACUCCUCCAUGCCGGGGUUUUUUGAUGACAUGAACUACCUUGACCUACUGCCCUGCAGACCCUUUGACACCGUUUUUAUUUUCUACGUGAGAGCUGGACAGAAGAGCAGCCAUGAGAUUCUGAGGAACGUGGAGUCGUCGGCGAGCGUCCAGCCACACUUCCUAGAGUUCCUGAUGUCCUUGGGCUGGCCUGUGGAUGUGGGACACCACCCAGGAUGGACGGGCCAUCUUGACACCAGCUGGUCCCUAAACUUCUGCUCUGACGGCAACGAUUUACCACAAACAGAGGAAGCAGCUUCUCCCGAAGACUCUGGUGGCUCUGUUUUUAACGGAGAGAAGAAAGUUUUGUAUUAUGCCGACGCCCUGACGGAAAUUGCCUUUGUUGUUCCCUCUUUAACGGAAAACUCAGAGGAGUCGUCUGUGCACAGCGACUCCACCGUGGAAGCAGAUUCCAACUCUGAACUCAUGUCUGGUUUACUUAAACAACCCAAUCUCACACUGGAACUGUUCCCCAACCAUUCAGAGAACCUGGAGUCAGCCAAAAAGCUUAGCCCUUUGGUGAAGACAAAGAGUUCAUCUACUGUAAAGUCUUACCCCCAGCUGGGCCCUGAGACGAAGGUGUUUGUGGUGUGGGUAGAGCGCUUCGAUGACAUCGAAAACUUCCCGUUGUCUGAUCUGUUGGCGGAAACCAGCACCGGCCUGGAGGGCAGCAUGAGCAACAGCACUUCCUGCAGGUCCGGGUUACUAGAAAAGGACGUUCCUCUGAUCUUCAUCCACCCACUAAAGACAGGGCUCUUCAGGAUCCGCCUGCAUGGAGCUGUGGGUAAAUUCGGAAUGGUGAUUCCCCUCGUGGACGGCAUGGUGGUCAGCCGCAGAGCUCUCGGGUUUCUGGUGCGUCAAACCGUCAUCAACCUGUGCCGGCGGAAGCGUCUGGAAAGUGACUUGUACAACCCUCCUCACGUGAGGCGGAAACAAAAGAUAACGGAGAUCGUCCAGCGCUACCGCACCAAGCAACUGGAGCCCGAGUUCUACACCUCGCUCUUCCAAGAGGUGGGGGAAGGAAAGCCUCACCUCUAACCCCCCCCUGUCCUAACACUGUCUCACACCCACACGCACCACCAACACACGCAGAAUCUUUAUAUUUAUACUGUGCUAUUUUGAUAUAUAUAUAUAUAUAUAUAUAUAGAUGAAAACAUAUAUCAACACUGUUUGCCUUUGACUCUGAAAUCAAAACGUCAAACCCACGCCAAGGGGAACGCCACGUUUGUGUUGCAGCUGCUCAGCUGAGGUCUGAUUUGCUGCGGGUGUAAAAAAAAAAAAGUGUUGGUGUAGGUCCAUGCUUUGUGGCAGAACUGUCUGCUCGUCUCUAGAUGCACUGAGAACGUCCUCUCUGGACUUGUAAAAAGCCUGUACUUUCCAGCCCGUGAAGGCGGGAACGGCUGAGAAUACGUAACACGGCGCUGUCCGAAACCCAGCGUUAUGGUUGAUUUGGCUGUAAAGGUUGGAUGUUAGCCAAAGAUGCAACCACGCAGACACAUGGUUUGAAUCCAGAGCCGACACCCGCUUAUAGUCUUCCUGUUCUCAAUACGCCGGUCACACGUCAGGAUUCGUCCUCAUUUUCCCAUCAUUCUGUGCUACGCGGAGCGGGGGGAGGAGUUUAAGGUCAUUAGAAGCCAAUGAGAAUCCCUCCCAGCUGUUAAAAGUUGAGUUACCGAAAGCUCCAGAAGUUUGCACUAAAACUGCUUCACACCUCCCAAAACUUUGCCAACAGAGCAGAACCAUAGCCCAGUUCUAAGUGUCCUCCCAAGGACCGCGAAGGAAGCUCUGGCCAAAAAUCUGCAGCCAAUGACGGGACGCAACAAACUCUGAUCAAAGCUCAAACUUGUGAGUUUUUCCUCCUUCAACUCCAAAACAGAAGAUCAAACCUCUGACCUCCACAGAGGAGGUCAGAGAUCUUCUGACCUCCUUUUGUGAAGUCUGGAGUACAAAUCUGCGGGUUAGUUUCCCCCAAAUGUUUGUUUUUGUCCAUUCACUGGCCCUGGCUGCCACCGUCUCACUAUCUGCCUCCUAAAAAUGUGAAUUUUAUUUAUCACAAAGAUGACAACGGGGGGCAAACGCCUCCGAUUCAUCCUAAACGUCUUAAUGCACUGAACGGCGCCCCUCCCUCCCGUCCUUUAGUUACUUGUCCUUUUGUACUGUUUAGCAUUUUUUGGAAGAAAAUCCUGCUUAAGGAAGAGUUUUAUCUUGUGAAAUAUGAAUGAAGAGGCAGAGUUGUGGAGUUUUUAACCUAUAGGACUCACUUUUUAACGAAGGUGCUGUACGCACACGCCUUUUUUUUGUUUUUUUUGGGAAAGAAAUUAAAUGAAAAACGCUUCAAACCACACACAAAGUCCCACGCGUAUCCUGUUACUCCUCUAUUUGAUCGUAUUUAAGGACUUGCCAUGUACAGAAGUGGAUGAUAUGUAAAUAUACGAUGAUGUUAGGCAUUUAAAAGUCGUCUGUUGCAUUCCUCAUCUGAGCAGAAAAUGUAUGUAUGUCAUUUUGUGUGGGGAGGAAUGCAAUACUGAAUGUAAAAUGCAUCAAUUAAAACUAUUAUUGACAUUUUAA